AAUUUAUUUCGUGUCAUUUUAAUGCUUAACUUAAUGUUUAGCAUGAUAACUAUUAAGCUGUUUCGUAUAAAUAUUAUACGGUAAUACACAGUAUACACGCAAUUGCUACCUCCUACCAAGCAGCUAGGUAUGUUAGACAAGCUUUACACAACAACGCGCCAGUUGGCCCGCGCCCGCGCAGAACGUACCGCGAACGUCGCGGUCUAUUGCUUUUCUUAAAAAAUACUGUGAUCCGGCAAAACAAUGGCGUCAGAAGUGAACGACUGGUACCGAGGCAGGAAGGUGCUUGUUACUGGUGCCUCAGGGCUGAUGGGAAAAGUUCUGAUAGAGAAACUUCUGUACAGCGUGCCUGACAUUGGCUGCGUUUACGCACUCGUGCGCAGCAAACGCGGGAAGACGCCUGAAUCGCGAAUUGAGGAUAUGUGGAAAUUACCUUUAUUCUCAAGAAUAAGGGAAGAAAAACCCCAUGUUAUGAAGAAACUCGUGCCGGUUAGCGGGGACAUCCUCUAUGACAACCUAGGCAUCGAAAAGGUUCAGCUAGAAAAAAUAUACGACGAGGUGUCGGUAUUGUUCCACUUCGCUGCCAGUCUUCGCUUAGAAGCACCUCUAAAGGAGGGCCUUGAAAUGAAUACCAAGGGAACCCUUCGAGUUUUGGACGUAGCUAAGAAAAUAAAGAAUCUCCUAGCCUUCGUGCACCUGUCAACAGCCUUUUGCUACCCUGAUUACGAAAGAAUGGCUGAAAAGGUGCACGAUCCCCCAGCAAAUCCACACGACGUAUUACGAGCUGCGAGUUGGUUGUCAGACGAUCAGAUUAAUCUUCUAGCACCGACUUUGAUGCAGAAGCAUCCUAACUCGUACACUUACUCCAAACGCCUGGCUGAAGCGCUCGUCAAGGAGAGCUAUCCUCAAAUACCAGCCGUUGUAGUACGUCCAAGCAUCGUAACACCUUCAUAUAAAGAACCGACUCCAGGUUGGGUAGAUAAUCUUAACGGACCAAUAGGUUUGAUGAUCGGAGCUGGUAAAGGAGUUAUUAGAACAAUGCAUUGCUAUGGACAUUAUCACGCGGAGGUCAUUCCUGUGGACAUCGCUAUUAAUAGCAUUAUACUCAUCCCUUACUACAUUAAUACUAAAAUUGAAAGACCAACCGAAAUCCCCGUAUUCAAUCUUACAUCAGGAGACGAUAGGGACACAACUUGGAAGGAGGUCUUGGAUAUCGGGAAGGCGACUGUCCGUAAAUUUCCAUUCGAAGGGCCGCUUUGGUAUCCAAAUGGAAACAUAAGACACAGUAAAUUAAUCCACGAAUUGUGUGUUUUCUUCUACCACAUCAUUCCAGCCUAUCUUAUAGAUUUCUUGAUGCUUAUAUUCGGGCAAAAAAGAUUCAUGAUUCGCAUACAAAAUCGUAUUUCCGUCGGUCUGGAGGUGCUUCAGUACUUUACAACCCGAGAAUGGUGGUUCGAUACGCACAAUUUUAAAACGCUGGCAACUAAACUGAACCAAACAGACUUUGCAACAUUCCCUAUGAACCUAGCUAUCAUCGAAGUAGGACCUUAUAUAGAGAGUUGUAUGAUAGGCGGCAAGCUGUACUGUUUGAAGGAAAAAUUGGAAAACCUACCAAAAGCAAGAUUACAAAAUAAUAUAUUAUUCCUCUUGGACCUACUCGUUUCUGCGUUCUUCUAUUUAUUCCUUCUAUAUUGGCUGGUUAAUUUAUUUGAACCAUUGCGCGUUCUUUUAAGUUAUGGAGGCCCCUUUGUUAGAUAUCUACCAUUAGUUGGAAACGCCGUAUUUAGAGAUGCGUGACUGCUUUAAAACAAUUCAAUUUAGUAAAGAGUUUUCCAAAAUUGUUAGCAUAAGAAAUGGACUGAUCUUUCCAUUUAGUCCUAAUAACCAAGACUUGACUAACUAAUUAAUACUCUUCAACACAUUACAGCGGAACUGAUUUGGUAUUUAUGAAUCAUAUUGUACAACCCCGUUUUAUAUAAUAUUUUGCAACGAGAAAAUAAUAUUUAAUUAAUCGUAAAUAUAUAUAUGUAUACCAAAUGCUAUGCAGUACUAAUUUUAAGUUAAUAAAUUAAUGAAUGAAAUCUCUAAUAUGAUUAUUGAUAGCUUGCUUAUUAAUAAACUUUGUUUAGCAGACAAUGACAUGACAAGACGGUUUAUCUCCUUCUGUUUUUAGUAAUUUGACGUUCGAAAGAGUAAGAGAAAACAUUGUGUAAAAAUAUACAUACUCGACAACCAUUACCCGAGUUAAUUACAAUAUAGCAUUAGUGCAUAGUCAUUGCUGACGUUAUUUUCAAAAAAAGAAUAUAUAAAUUGUUGAAAUUAUAUUACUUUCAACAAGGGCUAUGAAUUAUAUAUUUGUAAUGACUAUUAUACACAAGUAUAGUAUUAUAUAUGAGUACUUAAGCUUAUGUGUAUUGAUAAAAUCGGAGUAAGGGGUCACGAAAAGUCAGUGGCAAAUGUUAUCGAAGACAUUUAAGACUAUAAUAAUAAACUGAGAUCGACAACCGUGUCAUUAAAUUAUACGUAUUUGUGUAUGAGUUAAAGAUAUAUUUUUUUAA